UGCGCGCGCCCUGGAGGCCGCUGACGGGCUUGCGCGCCGGUGCGGAGCCGGAGGCGGGCCGCGGGGCCCACGACGGAGAGGGCGGGGCCAGCUCCGGGACCGAGGCGACAACACACCGAGCGAGCGCCUGUGCCCGAGGGCAGCGAUGCUGUGGUUCCAGGGCGCCAUUCCGGCCGCCAUCGCGUCGGCCAAGAGGAGCGGCGCGGUCUUCGUGGUGUUCGUGGCAGGUGAUGAUGAGCAGUCUACACAGAUGGCUGCAAGUUGGGAAGAUGAGAAAGUGACAGAAGCAUCUUCAAACAGUUUUGUUGCUAUUAAAAUUGACACCAAAAGUGAAGCCUGCCUACAAUUUUCACAGAUCUAUCCUGUAGUGUGUGUUCCAUCCAGUUUCUUUAUUGGAGACAGUGGAAUUCCCUUGGAAGUAAUAGCAGGAAGUGUUCCUGCAGAUGAACUUGUUACCAGAAUCCACAAAGUCCGGCAGAUGCACUCGUUAAAAGGUGAAAUAUCAGUGGCAAAUAGUGGCCAGUCAGAAAGUUCAGUCUCUACUCCAUCCGGCUCAUUUGAACAUAACAACACUUCUGAAAACUGUCAGUCCAGAAAUGUAGAGCUCUGUGAGACACCACCCGCUUCUGAUACAAAGUCAGAUUCUGCAACAGGAGGAGAAAUUUCAGGCCAGGCCACUGUGUCUCAAGAGCCUGGUGGAUGUUCAAAUCAGAGACCUACAGAGGAGCUCACCGUCAGAGUGGAAAGACUAACCAAAAAACUUGAAGAAAGGAGAGAAGAGAAAAGGAAAGAGGAAGAACAGAGAGAGAUUAAGAAGGAAAUUGAGCGGAGGAAAACUGGAAAAGAAAUGUUGGAUUAUAAAAGAAAGCAAGAAGAAGAAUUAACAAAAAGAAUGUUAGAGGAAAGAAACAGAGAAAAGGCAGAAGAUAGGGCAGCUCGAGAGCGUAUAAAACAGCAGAUUGCACUGGACCGUGCAGAGAGAGCUGCUCGUUUUGCAAAGACAAAGGAAGAAGUAGAAGCUGCUAAAGCUGCUGCCCUGCUGGCCAAACAGGCAGAAAUGGAAGUCAAGAGAGACUCUUCCACAAAAGAAAGAAGCAGUGUUGCGAGAAUUCAAUUCCGUCUUCCUGAUGGUUCUUCCUUUACAAAUCAGUUCCCUUCUGAUGCUCCUCUAGAAGAAGCAAGGCAGUUUGCUGCACAGACUAUUGGCAACACUUACGGUAAUUUUUCAUUAGCAACAAUGUUUCCCAGGAGGGAAUUUACCAAAGAAGAUUAUAAAAAGAAAUUACUGGAUUUGGAACUUGCCCCAAGUGCUUCAGUGGUACUGUUGCCGGCAGGAAGACCAACCACAUCCAUGGUACAUUCUUCCAGUGGCGACUUUUGGACAUUCUUGGGGACAGUACUUUACCCAUUCCUUGCCAUCUGGAGAUUGAUUAGCAACUUCUUAUUUAGUAAUCCUCCUCCUGCACAGACCUCAGUGAGAGCAGCAUCAUUGGAAUCCUCAAACCUUGCAUCGUCUAGCAACUCAGAAAAAAGGGAACCAGUCAGAAAAAGAGUGCUGGAGAAACGGGGGGAAGACUUUAAAAAGGAGGGCAAGAUAUACAGAUUGAGGACUCAAGACGAUGGUGAAGAUGAAAACAACACUUGGAAUGGAAAUUCUACUCAACAGAUGUAGUGUGACAAGUACAAUAUGUGCAGUAAUCAGUUUCUCUUAUGAUUUAAUUCAACUAAAAUUCUACUGGAGAAGUGGGACUGCUUUAUGUUUUCCAACUCAUCUACGAAGUGUCUUUUUAUUCCUGCUUAGUGGGUUAAAGUUGUUUAGCCUCAGACAAGUCAAGAGAUAAAAUAACUGGCUGCUAGGUCCUUGUAUAUGGUAACCAACUGCUAGAAGCCUAAAAUAACAAAAGGUCUGCGACAGCCUCCCUUUAUCAGCUUUCUUGUUUAGUAUUUCAUAUGCCCAUUAGCCCUGUGCUCUCAGAUGAUAUGUUUUGUUUAGGGCUGUUUUGCUCCAGAACUCCUCAGCCCACACAAAGUAACUGGUAUGUCACUGAAUAAUUUGAUUUUGAGUCAGAGCGUUUUAACUAGCCAAUCAGAUGAUAAUUUGGGUUUAACUUUUCUCUUCUUGCUCAUCAGCUGCAAGCAAAAUCUUGUAGUUUUUAAUCUUACUUAAACACUGAAUAAAAAAAUCUUUUCCAAUUUGUUAUCCUAGCAUCUUUUUGUUGCACAGGGCUCUGUGGAGGUCAUGUGUCUCUGAUACCCCCCUACCCCCCUGUACUGCUCUGGAACUACCCCAGGAAAGGAGGUGACCACCUUAUCUUAAAUAUCACUGCAGGAAGAAAUUUUCUGACACACACCGAUGGUAUGUUACUGUCUCUCCUAAGUCAGGGAGGCAUCGCUUUGUUUGCAUAAUGUUAUGGUCUUUGUUCUCAUCAGACAAAACAACUGCUGGUCUACAACUAGUUCUCUGUCACCUUUAUACUGAAGUUUUGCUCUCAAUAAUGAUAAUCACUCUUCAAAGAACUGAAGUACCUGUAUUGUAGGACAAGAAGUAGGGAAUUAAGAUCUGCCAUUUGCUCAUUUGGUUAUUCUUAAGAAUUUUAGGUUCUUAAUUUGACUAACAUGCUACUAUAUGUUUGUGGUGGUGGAGACAUUAAGAAUGUUUGAAAAAGGGAGUAAGUUUGACUGUUCCUCUUCUAAUCUUUUGUGUUUAGAUUGGAAUAGAAGGACUCUGACUUUAUUUUGUAAUGGGAGGAAGAAAUUUUCCCAGAGCAAACUUCGUUUUUCACCUAUGAAGUAACAGUGACUUUAAAAAAUGGUAAUAGUGUUGGCAAGGAAACAGUGAGACCAGGUACGUUGUUGGUAGGAGUGAAAACUGGGAUAAUCUUUCUGAAAAACAUUGUCAGAAACCUUAAAUAUUUCAUGCUCUUUGAUCUAAUAAGUUUUUCGAAGGAAUGACCAUAAAUGCAGGCAAAAUUUAGGUAUAAACAUGUUAAGUUUUAUUUAUUUUACUUCAGAAUUAGAGACCAACUAAAUGCCUUCUGCAGAAUUAACUUUUGCUGAGGAGAAAUGGCACAAUACUAAUUCAGCAAUUCAGUUUAACAUAUUUAUUGAGUACCUGUUAUGCAUUCGGGGGAAAAAAGCAGGAUACAGAGCUGUAGGUACAGUAUGAUCUCAGCUUUUUUUUUUUUUUUUUUUUUUUUUUUGUGGUACGCGGGCCUCUCACUGUUGUGGCCUCUCCCGUUGCGGAGCACAGGCUCCGGACGUGCAGGCUCAGCGGCCACGGCUCGCAGGCCCAGCCGCUCCGCGGCAUGUGGGAUCCUCCCGGACCAGGGCACGAACCCGUGUCCCCUGCAUCGGCAGGCGGACUCUCAACCACAGCGCCACCAGGGAAGCCCUGAUCUCAGCUUUAUAAACACAUUUUAUAUAGAGGUAGUACCAUGUAUUAACAUAAUGUAAAGAAAAAAGAAAACACACCAAACGUUAAUGGUGGUAAGAGUGGUUAUAAUUUUAGUUCUUUUUUGCAUCCUUAUAUGUGUUCUCAAUUUUCUGUAAUGAAAUUACUUCCAUAAUUUAAAAAGUGAGCUUGAAAAAGAAACAUCUCCAGCAAGCAUCCCAUUUAAGUAAAGGUUUGUCGUCUUUAAAAACAUAGCAAUAUGUGAAUAAAUAGCCAAGUGUGCCUUGAAAAAAAACAAAUAGAGAUUCUUAGAGAAACAUACAUAAAAGAACAAUUCACAGUCUUUUUUUUUUUUUUUUUUUUUUCUUUGUGGUAUGCGGGCCUCCCUCUGUCGUAGCCUCUCCCGUUGCGGAGCACAGGCUCCGGACGCGCAGGCCCAGCGGCCAUGGCUCACGGGCCCAGCCGCUCCGCGGCAUGUGGGAUCCUCCCGGACCGGGGCGCGAACCCGGUUCCCCUGCAUCGGCAGGCGGACACGCAACCACUGCGCCACCAGGGAAGCCCCACAGUCUUUGAGUGAGAGGAUCCUUCCUCAAUUUUAUAUUUUAAAAAGUGUACAUGGUAAAUUCAACACCGUAUGGAAGGCUAUAAAAUGACAUCUUCCUCUUUGUAUCCUAUCCCCAGUUCUGGUCCCCAGAAGUAACCUCUAUUAGCAGUUUCUUUUGUAGUUUUCAGAAAAAUUUUAUGCAUACAUAAGCAAAUAUGUAAUCUUUAUUUUUUAAAUAAAUGGGAUCAUAUUAUAUAUAUACUACUCUGCAUCUUGCUUUUUUACGUACAGUCUUGAAGAUCUUUCCCCAUCAACACAUAGCUACCUCAUUCUUAUUAACGGCUGCAAAGCAUUUCACUUGAUAAACUUACCCAUUCUCUGGUUGCGUUCAUUGGUUAUUACAGUUUUUGUGCUUGUGUUUGUUUUUCUAUUACAAACAUUGCUACAGUGAACAUCUUUAGGAAGGUGUCUUCUUAGCUGUGGAAAUAUACUUGAACAUCACUGAGUCAAAGGGUGUUUGCAGUUUGGAUUAUAAAAAAUGCUGGGGAAUUGCCUCCUGUAAAGGCUCUGAAUUUACAGCAGCUAACAGG